UUAUACGUGCGAUUUUCGAACGGGAAGUUUAGUCCUAACGUGAUUUGCAUAUAUCAAACUUUUGCUGUGUUCUUACGCAACAAAAGUACCAUUUCAGUUCUAAAAAAUCUAUCCUGAGCUAUACGUUCGGUAGAUUACUUUUUUUUUGAGUUUCACUAUAUUUAAUAGUUACCUGUGGUUUUGCCUCAGCUUACUAUUCGGUUUUUUUUGUUUUUCACGUAUAGACUAGUUUCAGUUUAUAUCACUCGUUUUGUCCGUUUUUGUCCUUUUUCAGUGUGCAUUUUAGUGUGUUUUUUUAAAAGGUCUUAAGCUUUUGCCAGCAUCUAUAACAUAGUUUGCUUCAACACCGUCAUGAAAAACUCAUGCAAACGUCCGGGAUGCCGUUUUGCUGUCACAACUGGCAUGCAGUGUGACAACUGCAAAGGUUGGUUUCACGAAGCAUGCACAAAUCUGACAGCAACUGCUUACAACAAACUCAGCAAGUCAGACCAAAAGUGGGUAUGUGUCACGUGCAACACGGACGCAGUAGUCUUGCUGAGUAACAUCAUUGUCCUACUGACAGGUCUUCGAAACAAGCUGUCAGUUAAUUUGGAAUACGACAGUAAAAAAACCGAUAUACAAACAAGAGCGCGCAACGGACUCAAAAAUAGGGAUGUCGAUAGGUAUGUCAUCGAUGGAGCAUCCAUCAACACUAACGACGACGUGUCGAGGCUCAGUACCAUCAUUACGUCGACGGUACUAGACUCCCUAGGCAAACUCGGGUCUCCCAGCUCAGGGUCGCUGAACACAACAGUGGUUCCCAAAAACCCUGCAGGCGAUUCGACCCACGUUAAGAGAGUCCAAAAGAACCAGGCAUCACCGCCUAAGCCGAGCAACCCAAGUGUUGCUGCACGGAAAAUAACUGGUGAUUUAGUCGCACAGUCUACCCCCAAGACUGUUCGUCCGGUCAAUAAAGAGCCCAAGAUUCAUAAACGCACACUGACCUCCAAAAAACAAGUUAUUAAACCUGAACCCAUCGUGAAACCUGGUAAAUUAACAACAGUUCGUGACGAUUCUCUCAUUAUCAUGAACCUCGUCGACAAUCCUGACCUUCCUCUCAGUCUGCAGGAUAAAAACGACAGGAUGCUGUGGGGUGAAUUGAACAAAAAGCUCGAACUUCCUAGAAUAGAGCCUUUGACGGUCACCCGGCUCACUCGAGGAAAGGAUUCUAAGCAUCUAAAUCACCCGAGGCUUCUCCGAGUAACACUUAAGAAUGCUACCGACGUAGAGGACGUCUUGCUAGCAAGUCACUUACUGAAAUCAGAUGGUAACGUAAGAAUAUUGCCCGACAUACCGUACUCUGAGCGCAAUAUCAUACGAAACGUCCCUAAAGAAUCUCGCGAGAAGUUCUUCCGCGGAAGAAAUAUAAUUGUCCAAGGUAUACCGGAAAAUGCAGACCCUACUCAAUCAAAUUCUGACAUCAGGGAAUGGAAAUUCAUCAAACAGUCCUUGAGGCUCAAACACAUACUGACUCAGCAUGUGACGAGACUAGCCAAGAAGGACGGUGAUCUUAGACCCCGUCUAAUGAAGAUAACCUUCCCAUCUUCCCACAUGGCGGCUGCAGUUCUGGAAGCAUUUCGUGCUAAUAGACGUCGAUUGCCACCUGGAAUCCACAUGCACCCGGAUAGGCCAUACGAAGUCAGGACCAAGAACAAAGGCAAGCUGGAGCUGACCAUUCCACUUGUGGACUGUCUAAACGAUAAAAAAACGUGUAAAGGACAGGGCCUACCACCUCGGCAAACCUCAUAUAGGUGGGCUACCUGUCCAUUCACAUAAGGUUCAUA